CCGUAAAGAGGAACACAUCAUCUGUGCAGGAACUUGGAAGCACGUUGGACACAAAGCUCGACCUCAUCCUCGAGUAGCUUGAGAUGGAGACCUGCCAUAGAUUCUUUAAGGGUCUUGGAUCGACUGCAGAGAACCCUCUGCUCUUUGAGGAUGCACUCGGAGUUGUUCAAAUCCUGCCAAUAGAGUGGUUGAGGUCAUGGGAUCAUCUCCGAUCUAUGAUCAAAAACCACUUUGAGGACCGGAGGGGCCACCAAAAGGUUCUUCGCGGCGAGUAUACGUUAGAAGACGACGUGUAUAAAGUCGAAUUGGAGCUCAUGUCUCUUCCGUGGGAAGUAGUGAUGAAGCCCGGAAGUGGAAGAAAGAUCAACAUGGUAAUGACUUUCCUACAAGCACAAAAGGGCGGCACAGAUGCUGCUGGGAACUACGACUGCCCGGGUUGCGGAUUAGCCAGAGUUGGUAGGCCAAGCGACAACCUAAAGUGCGACUGUGGUAUGUGGAUGAGGCUGAGGCAACGACUGAGAACACCGUCGCGGCCUCGUCCAAGAUUAGUUAACACGGCAGUAAAUACUCCGUCUAGCAACGAUGACGACGAUCCAAGUCACUUUCAUCGCGUUCUAUUCGACAUUUAUCUUGCAUCGUCCCAUGAACCGAAGGGGGCUUCAGUUGUUAGACAGAGUCUUAGAUACAGAUUAUUUCCAGUUUUGUAUUGUCGUCAUGUUCUCACGCAUUUGUCUACUUAUAUAAGACGAUGAAAUUUGAUUUGUUCGUCAACCUCCACGAAACAUCUCUCCAGCUUGGCACGGGCUGUUAGUGCCAUG